GAGCCUUUAACCUCUGUUUCUGGCGUGCUGAAAACUGUACAGUAGUGAAAAACAGACCUGCUAGUAAGUUCCGCUAAUCAAAGAUGUUGGACUUUGAGUUUUGGACGAAAACUCUAGACUCUCCAACUGUGAACAUCAUCCCAUUUGACUUUCAGAGACCAACUGAUGGAAGUAUACUUCAGGAUACUUUCGAGUUUGUUCUUCCAGAAGGCACCGACUUCUUUACGGCACUUACCGUAUACGCUCUCUUGAGCUACAGACUUACCGGUGAUGACGAUAUUACGGUUGCUACGAACGAUGAGUUUGCUGCAAAUGAGUUUGUCUUGAGACUUUCCAUUGAUCCGAAGAAAACGUUUGCAGAACUGUACAACCAAGUGCAGUCUACAUAUGAGGAGUUCUACUCAAAAAUUGUACCAAUCGAAAAGAUUGUGGACGUUUUGAAAACAUCCAAGUCUCUAGAGAAGGCUCCCGCUCUAUUCAAGUCGUCCUUCCAGUACUCGGGGGAUGCCGACUCGUUGGAGACUACCGUCCCGGGCUCUGUCAGAGAUAUGGCAUUCUACUUCGGCAAGAGAGGCACUUUGUCUGUGUAUUUCAACAGUUUGCUCUACAAGAAGUCGAGGGUGGAGUAUCUUGCUGAGCAAUUCACCCAGGUUGUCAAAGCCGUUGAUCACGACAAGACUCAGGUAAUUUCGAAAAUAAGCUUGAUCACCGAGUCCCAAAAAUCUAUUUUGCCGGACCCAACUAUCGACCUUGACUGGUCGAACUUCAGAGGUGCCAUUCAGGACAUUUUCUCAGAUAAUGCAGCCAAAUUUCCAGAGAGAACCUGUGUCAUUGAAACCGCAUCUUUUCUUGAUCCUAGCGCUAAAGACAGACACUUCACUUAUAAGCAAAUAGAUGAAGCUUCCAACAUCGUUGGUAACUUCCUUGUCAAGACGGGUAUCAAGAGAGGUGACAUUGUCAUGAUCUACGCCUACAGAGGUGUCGACUUAAUGAUUUCUGUCAUGGGUGUUUUGAAAGCAGGUGCAACUUUCUCUGUCAUUGAUCCAGCUUAUCCUCCAACCAGACAAACCGUCUACUUGAAGGUUGCCAAUCCUCAGGGUAUCAUUGGUAUUAAAAAAGCAGGUACAAUUGACAACCUUGUUGAGGAGUAUAUCAGAGAUGAAUUAAAUGUUAUCACGCGUAUUCCAAAUAUUGAAGUUCAGGACGAUGGUUCUUUACUAGGUGGGGCAGUUGAGGGUGUGGAUAUCCUUGCUGACUACGCACAAUUUAAGUCCCAAAGAACUGGAGUUGUUGUAGGACCUGAUUCUAACCCGACCUUGUCUUUCACUUCAGGAUCUGAGGGCUUGCCAAAGGGUGUUUUAGGUAGACACUUUUCUCUUGCAUAUUACUUCCCAUGGAUGGCCAAAACUUUCCACCUUUCGGAAAAGGACAGAUUCACGAUGCUUUCAGGUAUCGCACAUGACCCUAUCCAAAGAGAUAUGUUCACCCCACUCUUUCUGGGUGCUACCCUACUUGUUCCUACUCAGGAUGAUAUCGGUACUCCAGGAAAACUUGCUGAAUGGAUGGGUAAGCAUAAUGCAACUGUCACACAUUUAACCCCAGCCAUGGGACAACUUCUGAGCGCUCAAGCCACUGCAGAGUUCAAGUCUUUACAUCAUGCCUUUUUUGUUGGUGACAUUUUAACCAAAAGAGAUUGUUUACGUUUGCAAACCUUGGCCGAAAAUUGCUCCAUCGUUAAUAUGUACGGUACUACCGAAACUCAAAGAGCCGUUUCAUUUUUUGAAAUUCCAAGUCGUGCAGAAAAUCCACGCUUCUUGGAGACCCAAAAGGACAUUAUGCCUGCAGGUACCGGAAUGCUGAACGUCCAAUUGUUGGUCGUCAACAGAAAUGAUAGCACUCAAACUUGUGGUAUUGGUGAAGUUGGUGAAAUUUAUGUCAGAGCGGCAGGUUUGGCUGAAGGUUACAGAAUGAACGAUGAGUUGAACAAACAAAAAUUUGUUAACAACUGGUACGUUCCAAUCGAUGGUUUUGUUGCAAAGGACAAAGAAGUAUCUAAGAAUGAGCCAUGGAGAGAGUUCUGGAAGGGACCAAGAGAUAGACUUUACCGGACAGGAGAUUUGGGUCGUUAUUUACCUGAUGGUAAUUGUGAGUGUUGUGGUCGUGCUGACGACCAGGUUAAGAUUCGUGGUUUCAGAAUUGAAUUGGGUGAAAUUGACACACACAUCUCUCAGCACCCUUUGAUCAGAGAAAAUAUCACAUUGGUUAGAAAGGACAAGAAUAAUGAGCCACUUCUUGUGACUUUCUUUGUUCCGAAAGUAGUUUCUGAACUUGAGUCUUUCAAGACUGUGUCUGAAGAAAUUGAAAAAAUCACAGAUCCUCUCGUUAAAGGUCUAGUUCAAUUUGCUAAUUUAAUCAAGGAUCUAAAACUCCACUUGAAGAAGCGUUUGGCGGCCUACUCCAUUCCAACGUUGAUUAUCCCAAUGUCUAAGCUACCUUUGAAUCCAAACGGUAAGGUUGAUAAGCCAAAGUUGCAGUUGCCUUCCGAGAAUCAAUUGAACCAAGUUGCAGUAUAUUCUUCCAAUCAGCAGGAUGAUACUGAAUUCACUGAAAUGGAAUCUAAGGUUAAAGAUCUUUGGAUUUCUGUCUUGCCAAAUCGUCCAUCAUCUAUUACUCCUGAUGAUUCAUUUUUUGAUCUUGGUGGUCACUCCAUUCUUGCAACAAGAAUGAUUUUCGAGUUAAGAAAGAAACUUGCAAUUGAUGUGCCAUUAGGUACAAUUUUCAAGCAUCCAACGAUCUCCUCAUUUGCAAAUGAGGUUGAACGUUUAUCUCAACUGGAAGACGGUAGAGAAGUUGAAGAGUCAACACCAAAUGAUGAGUCUUCCAAAAUUGAUUAUUACAAGGAUGCGGUCUCUCUUUCCAAAUCUGACAUUAAGACUAAUUACUCUACACUUGAAGAACUUGACCCAACCAAACCAAUCAAUGUUUUCGUUACUGGAGCAACAGGAUUUCUCGGUACAUUCAUCAUCAGGGAACUGCUUUCACGUGAGAAAUUGGAUAUCAACAUUCAUGCUCAUGUACGUGCAUCCAGCGAACAUGCUGGUCUCGAAAGAUUGAUCAAAGCUGGUAAGACUUACGGCGUUUGGGAUGAUUCAUUCAAAUCAAAGAUUCAUGUCGUCUUGGGUGAUUUAUCUAAACCGCAAUUUGGAUUGGCCGAUGAUAAAUGGAACAAGUUGACAGAAACAAUUGAUGUUGUUAUUCACAACGGUGCCCUUGUCCACUGGGUUUAUCCAUAUGCCAAGUUAAGAGAUGCUAACGUCAUCUCUACUAUCAAUGUUCUCAAUUUGUGUGGCGAAAAUAAAGCCAAACACUUUACUUUUGUUUCAUCUACAUCUACUGUUGAUGUGCCACAUUAUGUCCACCUUGGUGCAAGCUUGCAUUCCGCAAGUGAGGACAAGGGUGGUGUAUUAGAGUCAGAUGACUUAUUAGCUGCCAAGAGUGGCUUGGGCACUGGAUAUGGCCAAUCCAAGUGGGCUGCUGAAUACAUAAUUCGUCGUGCUGGAGAUGCUGGCUUGAGAGGUGCGAUAGUAAGACCAGGUUACGUUCAAGGUUUCAGCCAAACUGGUGCAUCAAACACUGAUGAUUUCCUUUUACGUAUGUUAAAAGGAUGUGUUGAAGUAGGUUCUUAUCCAGAAAUUACCAACACUGUCAACACUGUUCCUGUAGACCAUGUUGCUCGUGUUGUUGUUGCAUCUGCACUACACCCACCACGUGCUCCAACCGAGAAGCUUUCCGUCGUUCAAGUUACCGGCCACCCACGUAUCCAGUUCAACAAGAUGCUCGAUGCAUUAAACAGUUUCGGAUAUAGCGUCAAGAAAUCCGAAUAUCGUGAAUGGGCUAAAACUUUGGAAAAAUACGUUAUCGACGACGCCAAAGACAGUGCACUUUUUCCACUAUUGCACUUUGUUCUUGGUGACCUACCUGAAGAUACUAAGGCCCCUGAACUUGACGACAGGAACGCCGUUGAAGUGUUGAAGACCGAUAAGCUCUGGAACUCUGACAGCAAGGACUAUUCCUCUGGUAGCGGGGUUACUAAAGACGUGUUGGCUGCAUAUGUUGCUUAUUUGAUCAAGAUUGGAUUUUUGCCAGAACCAAAGGGAACGGCUACAUCAAAGUUACCUGACGUUGAGGUCAAGGAGGAAUCAUUGGAACUGAUCCGUGCUGGUGCAGGUGCUAGAACCAGUGCAAACUAAAUGUAUAUAACUUACGUUUGCUAUUAGUGUUUAGUAAAUUAAUAACAAUUAUA